CCACCUGUAAGAAACCUGGUCUUAUGAUAACAUUCAACAGUUUCAAGACUUGUUGCUCAGUUCAACUUUAUUUUUGUGUAUAUUUUUCCAUCUUUGCAUGAUUGUUCAUCCGAAUGUUAAAAUUGGCAAUUGAACAAUGUUGGCUUCAACAUGGUUUACUACAAACCUAGUUGUACAUCUAUUCCUAUUGAUUCCAUUUAUUCAUGGGUUUUUAAAUUUUUACAUCGACAGACAAGAAGUUCAUCGUCUGAUAGGCCUUUCUUCUGAUAUUUAUUAUGUCAAAGAUGGCGUGGUCCAAGAAUAUCCACUUGGAUUUGAAAUGAACAUCCAGCCUCACAUCUGUGAUCUGAAUUUUACCUGGAAAAACUUAAUCAAAAAAAAGAUGCCUUAUUCAAUAACUUUUCAUUUUGAUAAUCUUCAUGUUCUUGGUAUGACUUACAUGAAUAUUUCUCGACAAGGUUUUGUUCCUACUGAAGCAGAAGUUUUCAGUAUUGGUUUUCCAUGUACAGGUAAAGAAGAUGCCGAAGUCCAUGUUGCCAUUAAUGUAAACAUCACUGUGAUGGAUUCCCAUGAAAAAGUAUUCCUAACAUUACGUAGGAAUCGCAUUUGUUCCGCCGGUCUAGCUCAUACUGUUUCAGAAGAUGCCUAUCACUUGUUAACCUCACCUUCUCGUCGCCAACUUCACUCGCUUUACAUGGCACUCUUCUUCUUGUUCCUAUUUGUCUUCAUAUUUGCCAUCAUUAUUUAUUGUUGCACUCGCAUUUGCCAUUGAACCAACCAGCCAAAUUUACCCUAAAAAGUUGUGGGAUCAUGAGGGUUUCCUUUUCUGAUUAGUGACCUGUUCCACAACUUGGCCACCAUCUCCAUCACCAUCAUCACUAUUUUACCUCCAAAUUAAUUCUGCAGCAAAUUGUUGCAGAACUUGUUAUCAAUAUAAGGUGCAUUAUUGUUGAACUUAACCUUAUAUCUUUUUUUAAAAAUCAAACAAAAAACCUACCUGAUUCAUACUUAUUAUACUCAAAAUUGUAAAUAGAAAUUUUGUAUCAUGAAAAGUCUUGAAAAGACACAAUUUUAAUAAAGUGUAAUUUGCUGAUUUUUUAUA